GCCAUCGGCGCGCACCUCGCCCUCGAGCAGCCGCGGCUCCUCUCCUGCCGCAGCGGGACCCCAAGAUGAAGAUGUUAUCUGUGCUGCCCCAGCAGUGUCUGCUGCUGCUGACAUGUCUCCUAAUGGCCUUGGAAGCUGUACCUAUAGACAUAGAUAAGACAAAAGUCAAGGCAGAAGGCCAUGUAGAAGGAGAGAAGGUAGAAAAUCCAGAUACAGGACUUUAUUAUGAUGAAUAUCUCAGGCAAGUAAUAGAUGUCUUGGAAACUGAUAAGCAUUUCAGGGAGAAACUCCAGACUGCUGACAUAGAAGAAAUAAAGAGUGGAAAGCUAAGCAGAGAGCUUGAUUUAGUCAGCCACCAUGUGAGAACACGGCUGGAUGAACUAAAGAGACAAGAGGUAGCAAGAUUAAGAAUGUUAAUUAAAGCUAAAAUGGAUUCUGUUCAAGACACUGGUAUAGACCAUCAGGCUCUCCUUAAGCAGUUUGAGCACCUGAACCAUCAGAAUCCUGACACUUUUGAACCUAAAGACUUGGAUAUGCUGAUCAAAGCAGCUACAAGUGACCUGGAAAACUAUGAUAAGACUCGCCAUGAGGAGUUUAAGAAAUACGAGAUGAUGAAAGAACACGAGAGGAGAGAGUAUUUAAAAACACUGGAUGAAGAAAAGAGGAAGAAGGAAGAAUCCAAAUUUGAGGAGAUGAAGAAAAAGCAUGGAGAUCACCCUAAAGUUCACCAUCCUGGAAGCAAAGAUCAACUGAAAGAGGUGUGGGAAGAAGCAGAUGGACUAGAUCCUAAUGAAUUUGACCCCAAAACAUUUUUCAAAUUGCACGAUGUCAAUAAUGAUGGUUUCCUGGAUGAGCAAGAAUUAGAAGCCCUAUUUACUAAAGAGUUAGAAAAAGUUUAUGAUCCCAAGAAUGAAGAGGAUGACAUGGUUGAAAUGGAAGAAGAAAGGCUGAGAAUGAGAGAACAUGUAAUGAAUGAGGUUGACAUCAACAAGGACCGGCUAGUGACUUUGGAUGAGUUCCUGCGAGCUACAGAGAAAAAGGAAUUUUUGGAGCCAGACAGCUGGGAGACACUAGAUCAACAGCAGCUCUUCACCGAGGAUGAGCUGAAGGAAUUCGAAAAUCACAUUUCCCAGCAGGAAGAUGAACUUAGAAAGAAGGCAGAAGAACUUCAGAAACAGAAGGAAGAGCUACAGAGGCAGCACGAUCAGCUUCAGGCUCAGAAACAAGAGCUUCAGCAGGUUGUAAAACAGAUGGAGCAAAAGAAACUACAGCAAGGAAUUCCUCCUGCAGGACCAGGUGGAGAACUGAAAAUCCAACCCCCUGCUGAGCACAAAGCUGCAGAUGCAGCGCAGCACCCAGCAGGAGGAGAUCAGCCUUUACCACCAGGACACGUGCAAGAAGCAGCUGUCAGAACUGAUCCAGUUCACCCUUAACCACUCGUGCCUCAACUUUAUAGCAUCUUUAUUAUUUGGGGAGGGAGGGAGGGGUGGGGGGGGA